AGCCUUCAAAAUUGUAUGAACACUCGUUCUCGCGGUGAGAACAUUCUUCCGGGAACCAAAAACCCCGAACUUUUGCUCCGACGUCGCACCGUUAAAAUCCCCCGUCAACUGGAGUUCAACGACGAAGAGCAAAGAGAAGAAGAAGAAGAGGAAGCAAGUCACGAAGAAGAGAGAUGUUUGAACGAUUCUCCAAAAUUGUCAAUGAUCUCCAUGCUCUCAAGAAGACGUACACGGACAAGGAGCUUGUGAGAAAAAUACUGCGAAGUCUCACACCGGAGUGGCGCUCCAAAGCCGAUGCCAUCCAAGAGUCCAUUGGUAUCACCAACGUCACCAUUGACGGGCUUAGAGGUAACCUCAAAACCUAUGAGUCUACCAUUUUAUUCCCCUCUUUAGGUGAACAAAAGAAGAAGGGGAUUGCACUCAAGGCUUCCUCAAGCCAAGAACCCGCCAUGGAGGAAUCAAGCGAUGAAGACAACGAGUUUGGGCUCGUUAUCAAAAAAUUCCACAAGUUCAUGCGCAAGGAGUAUGAACGAAAGGGUAAAAAGCAUGGAGGACCACCCAAGUGCUAUGGGUGUGGAGAAGUUGGGCAUAUCAAGCCAAAAUGCCCAAAUGCCAAAAACGAGAAGGAGAAGAAACCGUUCAAGAAGCACCGAGCUUACAUCUCGUGGGGAGGUGAUUCCGGAGACGAAUCAUCGGAAGGCGAAGAAAAUGAAAGUGCCAACCUUUGCCUCAUGGCACACGAGGAACCACCGGAAGAGGUAUGUACCACUUCUAAAGAUUCCCAUACUUUAGAUGAUGUACAAGAAGCUUUUAAUGAACUCUAUGAUGAAUAUGUCAAUGCUUCUAAAAUUAACAAGGAUUUAAAGAAACAACUUACUUCCAUGGAGAAGGAGGUUGAUAAAUUAUCAAAAGAUAAUGAAAAACUUAAAGNAUGGCACACGAGGAACCACCGGAAGAGCCCGCUGAAAUUUGGAGCAGAAACUGAAGGAGCCAGAGGUCAAAGAAAAAGAUCCCGCACCGGCAAGAACGUGGCUUCUUCCUCGGCUCCUCCACCACCGGCGCACAAGUAUCUCGACGGGUCAUUCCUUUGGUUCAACGACCGCGAAGAGGCGACGCGGUUCUCGGAGAAGUUUGAGCACCGGGAGAUUCUUCCUCCCCGGUUCUCCACGGGCCGCUUCAUUCACGGCUCCAUUCCACGCCAGGCACGGGUCAUCCUCCAAGAAGGACACUUCCUCGACCUCCUCUACAUCAAGAAGAACGACUACCACCCUUUUCUUGUUCGAGCUUUAUAUUCGAACUUGAAAAAGGAUGAGGACGGAGCGUUGAUUUCUAACGUCAACGAGGUGGACAUCUAUUUGAAUGAGGAAAACAUUCAAAUCCUCACCGGGCUUCGUCGGGACGGACAGGAUCUCGGGCUCUACGUCGGAGAAGAAGGAGCGCGGUUCAACGAGACCGCCCUCUUGGAGGAAGUGGGCAUCCGAAACUUCGUCCCCACUCCCCAACAGCGGCGCCCUACGAUUACUUCCAUGAGUCCUGUGUUUCGAUUCAUUUUUUAUGUUUUGACACGGAUUCUCAAGCCUAGGAAGUUCAAUCACACCACUCUCUCCCAGGAGGACACGAAGACAAUUCAUGCGAUGAUUCAUAACGCCAAUAUCAAUUGGUGUAAAUUUGUGAUGACCCACAUGUUCAACGCCACCUCCGAUAACCGGCCGCUCCCCUAUGCUCUUCUUGUCAUGGCGAUCCUUGAUGAGUUCCACAUCAAGACGGACGUUGGGCCAAAAUGCAAAGGAACGAAGCAUUGGGAGAUUGACGAGUCUUCCUUCCACCCGGGAACCGAUGAAGCUACGUUCCCGCAGCCUCGUCCUCGCCGCCAACCGAGAGCCACUGCCUCGACUGCCGCCGCUUUGACCAAUCCUUCUCUCGCCGAGCAAAUGGCAGCUUUGACCACCACCCUUUCUCGGAUAGACACCAACGUCUCCAAAACGGCACAUAACGUCAAUAUUCUGAGCCGUGAGCUUCACGGGUAUUUUGACUUUGUCAACUACCCCUACGCUCAAAUGGUCCCUUAUGUUCCUCCGCCAAACCUAGGUGGUGAACCAAGUGGGACUAACGACGUUGGAAGAGAAGAAGGGGUGAACGUUGAAGAAGAAGAAGAAGAGGAAGACGAAGAAGCUGAAGAUGAAGAAGAAGAAGAAGAAGAUGAUGAUGAUGAUGGUAGUGGUGAUGAAGAGGAAGACGAAGACAUUGACGAAGAACAGCUUCUCAAUGAUCUUUCACCGGACUUCUAAGAGCUCUAGCUCUAUUCCCUUCUCUUCUUUAUUCUUUUUAUGCUUUUUAAAUUUGCUUCCAUUAUGUACUCCGCUAUAUUCCCUUAAUUAAUUAAUAAAAAUCUUUAUGGUUUUUGUUAUUAAAUCUUUUUGUUAAUG